AUGGCAGAACAAAUUACGCAUAAAAAAUCGUUGAAACGGGUAGAUAAUGAGAAGAGAAGGCUAUUGAAAGAGUAUUAUCGACUACAAAAGGAUAAUAAGCCUGGAGAAACAACUGCUGAAUCGGAUAAGGCUGAUACGAAGUCGCCAUCGCCGUCAGUUUUACCUGGAGUAACAACGGGGUCGAUACCAGCAUCAGGUGCUGACAUUGAUUCUGGCGUGACCAGCGCUAAUCUUGGCAAUGUCGUUGCUUCUACACCCAUUGAAAACUGCAAAUCACCUCAAGAUACAGAGCAAGAGAUCCGGUUAGAACUGGAAAAGGGUGAUAUAGAUGUAACAAAGAAGUCUUUGAAGCAGUUAUUGCAAGUUCAAAAUCUGCUCUUGGCAGAGGAAACUGAAGCAGACAAUGCCAUUAAGAAUACUAUAUACGAUAAUUAUUACGAUUUGAUUAAAGUGGAUGAAAUACUAAAAGAGAUGACUCAGUUGGAUGAAUCCUUAGUGGAGCAACUGCGAGAAACGUGCAAUAUGGCUCGACCCAUGUUGAAACAGUGA